GCACAUUUCAUAUAUAUAAUUUUGGCAUACAAAUAUACCAUUUGUUGAGUUCUGACAUUAAUUUUUGCUAUGAAAUACUGAAUAUUUGAAUGAUAAUCAUAUAAGAGCAUGUUGACUAGUGAAUUGUUUCUUUUGCAGAAAAGUGCGAGAAGGCACUAUAAACUUCAAGAUUCAGUCGAUUGCCAAACGCGAUGAGACUUGGGGCUGGAACGAGAGAACGAGGGACCCGAGCGAGAAGAAAAGAAGUAUCCAGGGGCAAGCUAAUGUUGGAGGAUCAUCUUGAGAAGAAAGGAAGCAGGAGGGCCAAAGUGAAAAAAUGGCAGAUCAGAGGAGGUCAAAAUCCCUAGACGCCCUGAUUCCCAAAUCGGGCCUGGCAUCUCCAUCUCCCUCACCCCACCUUCUCCACCACCGGCUGCCGCCGCAGCCAGGCCGGCGUGGGGCGCGCCACCGCUCCACCGCGCCUCCACCUUCACCGCGCCCUCCAUCCACCAGCACCUCCAUACACCACCAUCCAUCCACUCCAUCACCACCUCGCGCCGCUGCACCAUCCAUCAGCGCCACCCCUUCACCACCAUCACUUGCGCGCCCGACCAGACGAGGUGUCUGAUCCCCCGCGCGCCUCCAAUUGCUGCUGCUUCCCCCCUCGUCCCUACUGCUGCUACUCCACUUCCUCUGCUCCCCUUCUUCUUCUCUGAAUCUCGAUGCUGCUGCUCUUCUUCCCUUGCCUCACUGCUCUUGCUCCUCCUCUUGCGCCGAUCUGCUGCUCCUCUCCACGUCUCUGCUACUCCCUUUCCCUUCCUGCUGUUGCCCUCUUAUCCCCACUUCCUCUGCUUCUUUGCCUCUUUUCUGAACCAUAAAACUGCUGCUGCUUCUCUCCUCACGCCCCUGCUUCUUUCCCAACCUGUUGCUGCUCUUCCUCUCUCCAGCGCCCCUUUCUGCUUCUCCAGCGUCUCCUGCUGCUGCUCCCAACCCCCUGCUGCUAUCUCUCUCUACUUCCCUUGCUACUCUUCUUCUCUGAACCUACCUGCUGCUGCUGCUGCUGCUCUCUCUCUCUCUCUCUCUCAAAUUUCUGUAACUUUGAGAAGUUUAUUGUUCAGUACUUUGUAAUAUUCAGCAUUGAGAUGUUUUAUUACAUGUAAUAUUCAGAUUUGUUAAGUGUAAUAUCCUACUGUUUGGUUCAGUUUCGAAGUUCAAUAUCAAUGCUUGAUUAGUAUGUCCUUUGUGUUGACUAGUUGAUAUCUUGUCACUUUGAGAAAUAUUUGACCUGUUAUACUUUGUUUAGUGAAACAGUAUUCUUCAUAUGUCUUAGUAUUGUUUCUUCCCUUUGUUCAUGUAUGAUAGUUAUAUAUGUGUCCUUGUCAUAUUAUUCCCCUUUGUGUUAGUGUUUUAGAUUCUCAAGUGUGAUGAAAAUACCAAAAAGACAUCGAGUAAAAUCUGAUUCUCCCUUGUUGGUUAUCCGCAAUUUUGUUUGGUGACAAUCAUUGAUAGUUUAGGUUUACUCUCUGUUCUCAUCAUCUAAAUUCUGUCACCUACCUUUAGCCAGAGCAUAGUCACCGUCGUCUAGUCCCUGUGGAGAACACGACAUCUAUAGUUUGGGGCGUAAAAACCCCACUGUACCUACAAUUGAUCAAUUUUGGCGCCGUUGCCGGGGACUAGCGUCGAGUGACCGUGUUAGGCUAUAGACUAGAUUUACUUUAGUUCCUUGUUCAAUUCGUCGUGUAUUUCAUCUUCAGUGUUUUUCCUCUACUUUCCCCCAUUGUUGCUUCGGCUUAUUAGGAUACUAACCUUCUGACUAGUGUUUACUGUUUAUGAGUGUGUGUAGGGAAUCAUAAAUCUUUGCUGGUUGUUCUAUAGUUACACUUGGUUAAGAUAUGGCAUUGCGUCGUGAUCUUUGGAUGCCAAGUAGUCAAUGUUAUAUCACAGGACCGGUUUGGCCAACUAUUGAGGCAGAGAAUUUUUAGAUGAAGCCUGGUCUUAUUGCUUUGGUUCAACAACAACAGUUUGGAGGACUGCCCACUGAGGAUCCCUAUGAGCACUUAUACCGAGUCAUGGAGUAUUCAGGUACAGUCAAGUACCAUGGAGUUCCUCAAGAUGCUAUCAAGUGCAUGCUGUUCUCAUUCUCUCUCCGGGAUGAUGCUCGUGCUUGGUAUCGAUCCUUGCCAUCAAGAUCAUUCAGUUGGAACGAGAUAUCACAAGCUUUCUUGGAUAAAUAUUUCCCACUACACAAGCAGUCCGCAAUUCGAGAUGAGAUCCUCAGCUUCGUUCAGCGUGAAGGCGAGAGCUUGUAUGAUGCUUGGGAGAGAUACAAGGCUUUAUUCAGGAGAUGUCCUAACCACGGGCUCGAGAGAUGGUUAGAGCUGCAGAUAUUCUAUAGAGGAUUGACUUGGGACACUCGAGCUUACGUCGAUAUGGCAGCGGGCGGAGCUAUUACAAACAAGACACUUGAUGAUGCUUUUCUGCUGAUUGAGAGCAUAGCUUUCCACCAACUUCAGCGGUACAAUGAUAAGCCCACCUCUGAUUCAUUGGUUUGCUUGCAACAAAUCACUACACCUCAGCCGCCAAUUCUUACACAAAAUCCUGAACCUCUAUCUCAGUGUGACAAGAUUGAGCUUGCAUGGAUUAUCUUUGACGAUGAUGACACCAUUCUAGUUGACACACGCGCUACGGAUCACAUGGAUACUAGUGUUGGAGAUUCAGUUUUGCAUUGUGAUGAUUCUUCCAUGGAUGAGCCGGAGCUGCAGUUAGUUGCUUUUGAUAUUGAGGAGUCACCUUUAGUUGAUAUUGAUCAUGUGCUGCUAGAGCCAGAUAUGGAGAAGUUCGCCUUUGAUGAUGUUAGCCGCAUUGAUUCUUCAACACUUGAGCCUGAGAUGGAGAGCUUCAUGGUUGAUUAUGGUGAGGUGGAUUCAGAUGUCAAGGAGUCAAGCUCUAUUUCACUUGUUGACACGAAUCCGGUGGAAAUUUCUACUACCACACCUCACUUGGUAUCUUCAAUGGAGGUAGUCCUGAAGCUUCUUCCUAACUAUCUCAGGUUGAUGCUUGUGUACCAUUUACUGCGAGUUGACCGAGUUCGAGAUGACAUUCCCUGGGAUCCUGGUGGAUUCACGGCAUGGUGAUGAGGAGAAGCAAUGGGCACACGCGAAGAGGAGUGAAGCUGGAGCAGGCAUGGGGAUAGAGAAGCAAAAAGAGAAGAGCUGCAGUUUAGAGAGCGUUGAGCGAGUGCUACUUCCUAUAUAAACCCGGUGAGCUGUUUCAUGACCCGAAUCUUAAUAUAUCAUCCAUUGAUACAUGCUGAAAUCAUUUGAUAUUUGGGUUGCUUGAGCCAUUUCUUAAAUGUCGUCCCACUGAAUUUUACCUUUGACAUAUGAUGCUUGAUGUGAAUAUGUGAACUGAAUCGUGAAUGCCUUGUAAACUAGUGAUCUACAUACUGCUUGCUUUGCUGAAAUUAGUGAAAGUUAUUAGUUUUGAGUGCUCAAAUCCCUAGUACACUAGAAAACUUAAUCAUUUUCUGCUUUUACCUCGAUACACCUAGAUCAUUAAGUGUCAGAUGCUGAGUUUGUGCCUAAUGUGUUCCCAUUGAGAGCAAUCACCUAAGCACUAUGGAUUAGUAUGCUAUGUUCCCUGGAUCGGUAGCAUGUGAACCAGACAUGGAGAAGUGAUGAUUCCUAUUUUUGUGCUUAUG